AUGGCCAACUACCUCGCCUCCAUCUUCGGAACAGAACAGGACAAGGUCAACUGCUCCUUCUACUACAAGAUCGGCGCCUGCAGACACGGCGACAGAUGCUCGCGUAAACAUGUCAAGCCCUCCUACUCCCAGACGAUCCUCAUGCCGAACAUGUACCAGAACCCUGCCUACGACCCAAAGAGCAAGAUGAACCCCAGCCAACUGCAAAACCACUUUGAUGCAUUCUACGAGGACGUGUGGUGUGAGAUGUGCAAAUAUGGCGAGCUCGAGGAAUUGGUUGUGUGCGACAAUAACAAUGACCAUCUUAUCGGAAACGUUUACGCGCGAUUCAAGUACGAAGAAGACGCACAGGCAGCCUGUGAUGCGCUGAACUCCCGGUGGUACGCCGCGCGACCGAUAUACUGCGAACUUUCACCUGUCACCGAUUUCCGAGAAGCGUGCUGUCGGUUAAAUAGUGGCGAAGGAUGUGUCCGCGGUGGAUUCUGCAACUUCAUUCAUCGGAAGGACCCCAGCAACGAGCUCGACCGGGAGCUUCGUCUCAGCACGAAGAAGUGGUUGAAGGACCGUGGCCGGGAUGCGCGCAGCGUGAGCCGCAGUCCGAGCCCGGAGCCUACACGGCGGAGAGGCUAG